AUGUUUGCCCGACAGAAUAACGCCUCUCUCACUGCCAGAGCUGCUCUCUAUGAUGCUGCAUCUACGCUCAUCGCACAGACGGCAACAAUUACCAUUUCCGCUGUUGAAUUCUCGAAUGUGAAACCUAAGUCCUGGACCUUACCAUUCGAUCAACCAGUUAAUUUGACAGCUGGUAUUAGCUACAGUGUCGCCUAUUGGUAUGCUGGUUCCAGUAAUGGCGGUGCUGGUUAUGUUGCUCUGUUCGCCACUAAUCCUGCUCAUGCGACAUGGAUUAGUCCAACUGCUAACUUUUCUACGGUGAAUGGAUCAUUUCCUAGUCUUCUAGCUGCACCUUAUGCUUACGGUGUUGGUACUACUGCUCCAUUCGUUCAAUUAAUUGGAUUACCAUGCAUCAACACAGUUCCUGCCACCCCUAUUCACCUCAACAAAACGAUACUCUCCAUAUUACAAGAAAUUCAACGCAAAUAUAUUGGCGUGCCAGCCAUUGGUGCCUCAAUCAUUCAAAUACCUUCAUUGGAAUCUUACACAGGUGCUCAGUCACCUCCAAAUGUGAUCUGUCCAUUUAUUCCCGUAUCAACCGUGGUGUCUGGUGUUCGUCGCGCUGAUGCAGUGAUUCCAGAAGUAGUAACAGUCAACGAUAAAUGGCACCUCGGAUCAGACACCAAGUCGAUGACGGCCAUCCUCAUUCAAAUGUUAAUUCAAGCAGAUAAACUAAAUCUUACCACCACUGUCGGCCAGAUCUUCCAUUAUUUACCAUUCUCUUCCAAUUCAACACCACCGUCAACUUCAUAUACCUGCGCUAAUCUUUCUAAUGCUAUUGGCUACUUCGCUAAAUCUCCCUAUUCUUGUGGUUUGGCCAUUCAUAACUCAUGGAAAAAUGUUACUAUCGCUCAUUUAUUGACUCACGCCUCUGGUGUUGACGCGUUGGACACGGCAUUCGCUGCAUUCUACGCUGAAGAAUUGGCAUUAGAAAGAAAUGGUACCAAGGAAUCUUGUAGCAACUAUUCUUUGCCCUCACGCCGCUAUCAUUUAAGUCUCUUAUUAUCGAUGGCCAUUCCCAAAGCGCCACCGUCAAUUCAUGUUCCUGUAGCUUAUUCGUAUUCGAACAAUAAUUUCAUUUUAUUAGGAUUAAUAUUAGAAGAAAUCUGGUAUUUACAAUGGGAAUCGAUUAUUCAACGUCAAUUAUUUGAUCCUUUGGGAAUGAUCACAGCAGGAUUUGGUUCACCAAUUCAACAGAUACCAUUGAAUUCAUUUGCUACUCAACCAUUAGGUCAUUACAUGGAUACAACCGGUGUGAUACAUAGUAUUGAUCUUGAUAAUCCAAAGGCUUGGGGGCCUGCAGGUACGGUUCACGCAAGCCUUAAUGAUUGGGCUAAAUUCAUUGCCUGUCAUUUACAAGAAGGACGUGACCUAACGUCAUUCGGCUUUGCUCCGAUGAAUAACAGCUUUCUCAAUUCAGCGACCUCACCCUAUUUACUUCAUGCAUCCAUGUGGCAAAGCAUUCAUAGCUCAUAUGUUUUUCCCUUAGCUUCUACUCCCAAUUCUCAAGACUCACUCUCCGGAAUGAUUACUAGCAAGGAUAAUCUUGGUCUAUCUCUAUGGCACACUGGCAGCAACACCCUUUGGUACGCUUAUGUCGUAGUUUAUCCUCGAUUGGUUCAACCAAUGGCUCUUUUAGUUACAGCGAAUGCCGCUAAUAACGACGCGGUUUGGGAAGCUAAGGCAGCUAUUGUCAAUAUUUAUCUAGCUUGGCGACAACAAGGACAACCAUCUGCAAUAGCUAACUCAGACACUCCGUCACCUGAAACACUUAGUUCGAGCCUCGCUCUCAUUUUCGUCUGCAUUCACUUCAUCCGCUAG